AGUUUUUAUCGCCAAUAUUCCACUUUCUUGCGGUAAUCUUCAAUUCAAUUUUUGCGAGUUACUGAUACACGUCACUUUCAACGCAAAUGAUCGUGCUUCGCGAAACCUUCGUACAUUUUUGUUGAAAGAACGUCGGCCGCCGAUUCUAUAUCUGAAAUAUGGAAAACAGCAUGUAAAACAUGUGCAUUCGCAUAUGUUAUGAAUACUUUUAAAACCAGUAGAGUUUCAAAACCGAAUCUUGCUUUGUCGGUUCCUCAUCUCAUAAUGACACAUCGUUGUCAUCGUAAUUUUACCCCUCCACGUCAGACCGAAAUACGGCUCAAAGCUUCAUCGGCAUCGAACUCAACUCGUAAUCGCCAUUUUUCCAUAUUUGGUUUUGUUUCAGUGAAAAGUUAUGCGGACACUAAAAUGCACUUGGUAUAAUCGGAUAUGCUUGUUUGACCUUUCUUUUCUCGUCGAGUGUUUCCCACAGCGGGAAUGAUAUAGCCCUGACAUGACAUUGUUAUACGCAGCGAGAGAAAUAUAAGCGCAAAUAUACGCAUGAUAUGUCAUCUACAUCGACAAGGAAAACAAACACAAAAAAAGCAAUGACAAACUCGUCGCCGGACUGUAACUUGCAACAAGGAUGGGCCAAGCCUGAACCAAGGAUAAACACACACUACAACGCUGUUGUAGGUCGGACGACUCUGAAAUACUUUUAACAUUCCAAACACAAUAAGUUAGCAACCUAUAGCUAGAUUAUGGCUUGGAAUAACGUGCUCAUCUAUAAUUCACUUUCUGGAACAAAAAAGAACUGUUUAGCGCUGUUUUGAUGAAUGAUGAUUCCCGGUAUACAAAUUGGAGAUCUAAAACAUUUAAAACAGGUUUUGUACCAUACCGUAAAUAACAUCUACCGAAACAUGUUUGAUUACACAUCCCUUCAGGCAGAAUACUGGUCCAGUCGUUUUUGAGUAAACAGUAAAGAAAUAGCAAACACAUGUAAGUUCGGAGCCUAACUUGACUUGAUAAGAUUGUUUACUAAUCUAGUGGACUAACCUACAAUGUUCGUAGCAAGCAAGUAAUGAGUAUGUUACAUCAAAAAAAAAAACACAGUGGGCUGUAUAAACAUAUCUUGAACUGACAAGGUUUAAAAAUUCCAUUUGCUAACUAUUGGCAUUUGGAUAUAGUGAUAAGCAUCACAAGCAAAAUGCCUUUGAGAUCGAAGCAUGGAAAUUUUGAUAUUCCAGAAAUAUCGUUGAGCGACUUUUUUCUCGAGCGUAUAAAAGAAUAUGGUGACGAUAUUGCUCUGAUUGACAACAUCAACGAAGAAAACCAGCUUACUUUUAGACAAGUUUACGAACAAAUACAAUCCUGUGGGAACUUUUUUCAAAAGCAAAAGAUUGGCAUGGGAGAUGUUGUGUGUCUGAUCACUCAGAAUUGUGUAGAAUAUAUAGUGGCAACGGUUGGUGUGGUAUCUUGUGGGGCGGCGAUAUCACUUUGUAAUCCGUCAUACAAAGAAGGAGAAAUACAGCAUAUCUUCAAAAUCACCGAACCAAAAAUAGUUAUCGCAUCUGAAAAAAGCAUCGAUACUAUAAAGCAAGUACUCAAUAAUAACCCAGAGAAUCAAGUUCAGAAAAUCAUAGUCAUUGGAAAAAGUAAUGAAUUCGAAACUUGGGAUGACAUUAUAAUCUCAAAUAAAGAUAACAAAGGAAACAUUGUUCCGACUUGCAAAAUAUCACCAAAGAAAGAUUUAGCGUUCUUACCAUAUUCAAGUGGAACUACAGGAAUGCCGAAAUGUGUUAUGCACACUCAUUAUGGUACGAUUGCGAUGAUAUUAGCCAUUUGGCACCAUUUAAACUAUCAACGCGGAGAUGUGUUUUACAACGAACGACCUUUGUAUCAUGGAGGUGGUUAUUUUCACUUACUUGUUGCACUGCAAGGCGGGUUAAGUGUUAUCAUUGAUCAAAAGUUUGACGUUGACGGUACACUGGCUGCGAUACAAAAAUACAAGGCAAAUCAUAUGCUUCUGGUGCCACCAAAUUUGCUAAAACUAUCCCAGACAGAGUUGCAUCACAAGUAUGAUACCUCGUCGUGGAAAUCAUCAUUUAUUGGAGGUGCAUCAAUUCCACCCACAGCAUUGAAAGAAGUUAUCGAUAGGUUCAACAUUAGAGUAUUUCCAUGUUAUGGGCAAACUGAAUGCUUUCCUGUAUCUUGGAAUGACAAAGUAGAUGAAUUCAUUGAUUCAGCUGGUUCAGUUGCAGUCAAUUCUGAAAUUAUGAUUGUUGAUCCAAAUACGGAAAAAGAGUUGAAAUCUGGCGAAGACGGCGAAAUUUGGGUCAAAAGUACACAUAUGUCUGCUGGAUAUUAUAAAAAUUCGAAAGCAACAGAACAAGCAAUAAAUAAAGACGGAUUUCUUCGCACUGGCGAUAUUGGACAUAUUGAAAAUGAAAUGCUUUUUGUGGUAGGCCGGCUCAAGGAAGUUAUCAAAUAUAACACGUUCCAGGUUCCACCUGCAGAAAUAGAGCAUGUACUUAUGAAACAUCCUGGUGUAAAAGAUGCUGCAGCGGUUGGUGUGCCAGAUGAAGCAUGUGGGGAGUUACCAAAAGCAUUCGUUGUACGAAAAAUGGAAUCGGUCACAACGGAUGAACUGCAUGAAUUGAUUAAAAAUGAACUUGUCGAUUACAAACAUCUUCGUGGCGGGAUCCAAUUUGUCAAUCAUAUUCCGAAAUCUAUACUUGGCAAAAUAGAUCGCAUCGAAUUGAAGAAAUGGGCGAUGAAAUAAGAGAACCUAUAGCAAUGCAAGCAAUGUCCCCCAAGAAAUAAUUUGAACCUCUAAAUGCAAAAAUGAAAUUUCCUGUAAUAUUGCCGUAAUUUAUAUUAUCAGUAUGAUUUUGCUUUACUACUGAGUAUUCUGAAAAGAAGUUUCGAACACGUACUUAAAAUUGUUCAUAUUAUUAAUAAACUAGGUUGCAUGCAUUUUGUUCACUUUUUAUAAUCAAAUCAUAUUUUUGUUUGUAUGUUCGAGGAAAAAAGUGUCAAAUUUCAAUUUCAUUAUUAAAAAUGUUGAUUUCAAUGCAAACUCAUAUAUGUAUACUGUUUAAUGCGUACUGUAUCUUCGUCAUCUUCUCUUAUUCUAAA